GGCGGCGGCGGCGCGAUGGAGCUGGGGGCGGGAGCGGGGGCGGGCGCGGGCCCCGGCGCGCGGGGCGGCGCGGAGUCGGGCCGCGUCCUGCUGCUGCUGAUGGGCGGCGGCGCGGGCCGGGCGCGGCGGAGCGGCGCGGAGACGGAGGUGGCGCCGGGUCCCGGUCCCGGCCCGGGGGGCCCCGAGCCGCGCUCCCCGCCCGCCCCCGACUACGAGGCGCUGCCGCAGGGAGCCGCCGUGUCCACGCACAUGCUGGCGGGCGCCGUGGCCGGCGUCAUGGAGCACUGCGUGAUGUACCCCAUCGACUGCGUCAAGACGCGGAUGCAGAGCCUGCAGCCGGAGCCCGCCGCUCGCUACCGGAACGUGCUGGAGGCCCUGUGGCGCAUCGCCCGCACCGAGGGCGUCUGGCGGCCCAUGCGCGGCCUGAACAUCACGGCCACCGGCGCCGGGCCGGCGCACGCCCUCUACUUUGCCUGCUACGAAAAGUUAAAAAAGACGCUGAGCGACGUUAUCCACGCGGGGGGCAAUAGCCAUGUGGCCAACGGUGCAGCCGGGUGUGUAGCAACGUUGCUCCACGAUGCAGCCAUGAACCCUGCUGAAGUGGUGAAGCAGAGGAUGCAGAUGUACAACUCGCCUUACCAGCACGUGAUGGACUGUGUGCGGGCCGUGUGGCGCAACGAAGGGGCCGGGGCUUUCUACCGCAGCUACACCACCCAGCUCACCAUGAACAUCCCCUUCCAAGCCAUUCACUUCAUGACCUAUGAGUUCCUGCAAGAGCAGCUGAACCCCCUCAGACAGUACAACCCAGGCUCCCACGUGGUCUCUGGGGCCUGCGCGGGGGCCGUCGCUGCUGCCGCCACGACGCCUUUGGACGUUUGCAAAACGCUGCUCAACACCCAGGAGUCCCUGGCCUUGAGCUCCAACAUCAGCGGACACAUCACAGGCAUGGCCAAUGCCUUCAGGACGGUGUACCAGGUGGGCGGUGUGCCCGCCUACUUCAGAGGGGUCCAGGCCAGAGUCAUCUUUCAGAUGCCCUCCACGGCGAUUGCCUGGUCCGUGUACGAGUUCUUCAAAUACAUCCUCACCAAGCGCCAGGAGGAGCGUCGGGCUGGCAAGUGAUGCAGAGCCAAACGCCGCUCCAGACCCGUCUCACAUCCCCUCCUGGUGUGUCUUCUGACCCCUCUCCCCUUUGGUUUGGUUUGUGUUGAAGAGAGGGGGCAGCGAAGCCCUUUGGGGUGUAGCGAUGCCGUUUUUGCCUGUGGCUGUGGCAGCCCUGCCCAGGCUGCACAGCUCGCUCUGCUGGGCUCCUCCGAGAUGUCCCUGGGAGCUGCAGCCCAGGUCACCUGCCCUGGCACUUUGGUGGAGCUGUGCUCCCGACUUCCCUUAACCACAGCAUCUCACGCAAAACUCAGCCCUGCUCAGAGGGAAGGUGAAUGUGCUGCCCUGCCCCAGCAGGGCCAAGCUGAGCUCGCAGUCACUGAGGAGGGGGUGGCAGCGGGGUGCUGGGGCUUUGUCUGGCUUUUGGCUGAAGCACAGUGUAAGUCUUGGCCGUUGUCUCGUAGCACGCACAUGAUGCUGACUGCCCCGUGGUGGUGGUGGUGGUGGUGGUGGGCGAGGGGAGGAUGGCACUUGAGGAGGGAGCCUG